UUCCUCCGGCGCCCGCCGAGCCAAGUUUCGGCAGCGGCGGCGCUGGCACCGCGUUGCGCCGCGCUCCUCCCCGGGUCCUCUGCUGAGUUGGCGCCGCUGCGGACGGAGGGCUUGCCGAGGCGCCCGGCUGCGGGCUGCAGGCUCUCCCCUUUGCAGAAAAGCCCCGGAGGGCAAGCGACCUCCCCUCCCCGCCGGCACUCUCCGUCCCCGCCUCGCCAGCCCCGCUUGGAUUACAAACCAUCGGCUGCUCGCCAGGCGGCCGCGACCCUCCGCCGGGCAGCGGAGGCGGACUUUCUCCCGAGCCGCGGAGGAUGGCUGGUGGCGAAGGAUGGAGAUUCUGAGGUAUAGAGAAUCUAAUGCUACCAUCCAAAGCAUCUCACUGGUCCAGCUGGAAGAAACUGGGAGCCCUGUAGCAACUCUGUGGUGCUAUAUUGCAUAGCUUGCAAGGAGUGAAAGCAAAUGGGAUUGUAGAUCUCUAUCUUCUGGAUGUGUUGCUAUCUUGGUUGGAGGACAAAAAGGAGAGGAUUGAGCUGCCACCUUGACAUUCUGCUGAUAUAAUUUAAAAUCCGAGGGGAUCAUUUGAAAGCAUGGAAGAGACAGAAGGAAAACACGGUACUUUGGAGGUAACACCUGAUAGUCGCCAUGAGAGCCACAAUUGUAAGACCCUUCCACAGCUGCUGAUAAAGAUGAUCCACAAGUCUCGGUGGAAGAUACUUGGAGUAUUGGCUAUAUUUUUGCUGAUGGUGUGGUAUACGAUAUCCCGGGAAGAAAGGUAUAUACAGCUUUUUGAUUUCCAUUUCCAAGAUGACAAGAUGACUUGUCCUUUUAGAGAGAUAGAGAAGAAAGCUUCACAACUCAUAUCAAAUUACACACGGGAUCCUCCACUGUUUUUACAGCUAAAGGAUUACUUCUGGGUAAAGACCCCCUCACUUUAUGAAUUGCCUUAUGGUACAAAAGGAACAGAGGAAAUUCUCCUGCGUCUUCUAGCAAUCACAAGUUACUCUCUUCCUGAAAGCAUUCAAAGCUUGAAGUGCCGGAGAUGUGCGGUUGUUGGGAAUGGCCACCGGCUGAGAAACAGCUCUAUGGGAGAAGUUAUUAACAAAUACGAUGUUGUGAUCAGACUGAACAAUGCACCAGUCCAUGGUUACGAGCAUGACGUGGGCACCAAAACCACCAUGCGACUUUUCUACCCCGAGUCAGCACACUUCAAUCCUCAGACUGAAAAUAACCCAAAUACAUUGCUGGUGUUAGUGGCAUUCAAACCCAUGGAUUUUAUGUGGAUGGAAACAAUUCUCCAUGACAAGAAGAGAAUUCGGAAGGGCUUCUGGAAACAGCCUCCCCUAAUUUGGAAUGCAAAUCCUAACCAAGUGCGAAUUCUGAACCCAUAUUUUAUGGAAGUUACAGCUGCUAAAGUACUUAAGCUUCCAGUGAAGCAAUUGUGGAAGCUUAAACAGAAACCCACCACAGGAUUAGUGGCCAUCACCCUAGCCUUGCACUUCUGCGAUGAGGUACAUAUUGCUGGCUUUGGAUAUCCCAGCUCAGACAACAAGAAGCAGAGUAUUCACUACUACGAGCAAAUUACAGUGAAAUCUAUGGCUUCUUCAGGGCACAAUGUCUCCCAUGAGGCAUUUGCAAUAAAAAAGAUGCUUGAAUUGGGACUCGUCAAGAACCUCACUUACUUCUGAUGUAAGAUGGACUGCAUUACGUUCACUUCGAGUUGGCUGCUGUGCCAGCAGGACAAAGCCCUUUGUGGCUGGCACCUUCUAACACAUAGUCAUCCCUUCCAUUCCAACGCUGACUGGUGCAGAGGCCUUGCAUUUUCCUGCGAAUGAUGUUCAGGAUGGAUGGAAGUGUAUGGCUUCUAAAUGUGUUAGCAACUAGGGGUAGAAACAGUCCUGUAAAGAAGCUGGGUGACACUAUCAGUUGGAAGCAGGAAUCUUUCCUCCUUACUGGACACUGCCCUCUACAGAAUCAUCUUCAUUUGGAUAGUUGCAGAAUUUUCCUUGGCGUCCAACUGAGAUUUUUAGAAGAAAAGUUCCUGCAAUCAAUAGCGGCAGAGAUGCACUUUUGGAAGAUCAGAUUGCUGAUGAAGGGCCUCAAAGAUGAUACAACAGAGAUUCCCAUGGGAAUGAUUCCCCUCCCAUAAAACUGUUGCAUUAAUCACUUUUACCUUCCUCUGCAACCAAUAUAAGGGUGGCUGUUCAUUAUUUUAUUUAUAGUAUCAGACGUUACCUAAUGAGCAAGAGGCAAGUGAAUGAAGGAUUUUUAGCUGUUUGCCACCUUGUUUCCCUGUUCACAUGAAGAUGAGACAAAGUAUGCUGGUUCAAGUCCCUGUGCAAUGCGUUGAGGAUGCCCAGGAGAAAGCAGUUAAGGAUGGUAGAGGAGAUAGUGACAUUUAUUUCUCUCCUAUUUGAUCGGUUUGGUUUGGAGACUGGGUUGGAAGGGAGAGUACCCAACAGUAUUUGCUGGUAGUUUUUAUACCUAAAACAGUAGAGCUGAACCAACACUUGCUUUUCCCGGGCUCAAGUUGAAAAAGAAAUCCUUCUGUGAAGGACGUGUGUGUGCCCUAGUAUCCCAUAUCAGACCUUAAUGAUAAGAAGUAGGUUUCUUUCCUCCUAUAAGGUGGUAAUUACAUCCCAACCAGAAUUGAUCUACAAUGCAAAAGAGCUAUC